UGCCAAGUCACAGGCUGGCAGAGCAAAGCCAGAAAAGUGAACCAUGGCGUCUGCUUCCUACUCUGAAGAUCUGACUUGUCCUAUUUGUCUGACUAUCUUCACUGAUCCAGUGAAUCUUCCCUGCGGACACUCUUUCUGCAGAGGAUGUAUUACAGAUGCUCUGAGUUCACAGCAGCAGUGUCCACAGUGUCGGACAGCUGUUCCAACAGAAAUAAAAAGUCUUCCAACCAGCCAUAUUUUAAAAAGCCUCGCUGAAAAGGCAAAAGAAGCAGAGAAGAUAAAGACAGAGCCUGCAAAGGAGAAAGCAGGGGUGUCUGAGUUGUGCCCUGAGCAUGAAGAAAAGCUGAAACUCUUUUGUGUCACAGAUCAGCAGUUGGCUUGUAUCAUAUGCCGAGAUGGGGAGAGACAUGAAGGACACAAGUUUAAACCAAUCAAAGAAGCAGCUGCAUUCCUAAGACAGGAGCUGGAGAAGGGGAUGGAGAACCUUUGUGGUGAUAUCCCUGCUAUGGAGAGCUUAGCCAACACACAGAGGCAAGAAAUAAGAAAAACCAAAGCAAAGUCUGAGCAGCUGAUGACCCAAAUCCACAGACAGUUUGAGGAGAUGCACCAGUUUCUGAGAAAGAGAGAAGAUGAGAUAAAGAAUGAGCUGAAAUUCAAAGAGCAAGAUGAUGUUGAGAAAAUGAGCAAGAGCUUGAAGGUUAUAGAAACAGCAUUGUCUGAGCGCAUAGAGGUGGAGGCAAAGGUAACAUCAGUUCUGAAAAUUGAAGACUCAGAGAGACUCUUAAAGAGCUGGACUGAAGGGAACAGCAGGGUGACUGCAGAAGAUUUAAUCAAGCCCAAAGCAAAUGAUCUCCAAGUGGUGGAUAGCUCUCUCUCUCUGGGGCCUUAUGAAAGCCACCUGCAGUUCUUUAUGUGGAAGGAGAUGCUUCAGGUGAUCCAGCCCCGAGCAGAGCUGCUCUCACUCAAAAGCAACAGUGCAGAUAUAGCUGUGUCUGAAGAUGGGCGGAGUUUGUUUUGUACACCCAAAAGCAACCAAGCUUCAUUAGGUUCCUUCUCUACUUUUGGCUCAGCCACAAGCCAAGCCAGAGCCUUUGCUUUUGCUGAUUUCUAUGGAACACCCAAAACCCCUGAUUAUCCUUCCUUCUCUGGAUUAGGCCAAACCACAUCCCCUGCUUUUGGCUCCACCACAGGAUUUGGCCAAACCAUGACCCCUCCUUCUUUUGACAACAACUGUGUCAUCCACACAAAUCCCGAGUUCACUUCAGGGCAGCAUUAUUGGGAAGUAGAGGUUGGACACAGGGACUAUUGGGAGCUGGGGAUAAAAGAUCAUUUCCUGAAAUAUGAUGGGCAACAAUAUUCCAUCUGUAGUCCAAAUAUAGUCACAGAGCUAGGUUGUGAAGACAGACCACGAAAGAUUGGGGUUUACCUAAACUGUGCAUUGGAAAAGCUCUCCUUCUAUGAUGCAGACAACAUGAAGCACAUUCACACUAUGAGCUCAAGCCUCAUGUCCACGCCAUUGUCAGCAUAUUUUAACAUUAGAGUUACAUCACCUGAUCUUAACCCUCUGACAGUGUGCUGUGUCAGGAGACAGCUGCUGUCAGUGUUCAGAACCAUGGCGUCUGCUUCCUACUCCGAAGAUCUGACUUGUCCUAUUUGUCUGACUAUCUUCACUGAUCCAGUGACUCUUCUGUGCGGACACUCUUUCUGCAGAGGAUGUAUUACAGUAGCUCUGAGUUCACAGGAACUGUGUCCACAGUGUCGGACAGCUGUUCCAACAGAAAUAAAAAGUCUUCCAACCAGCCAUAUUUUAAAAAGCCUCGCUGAAAAGGCAAAAGAAGCAGAGAAGAUAAAGACAGAGCCUGCGAAGGAGAAAGCAGAGGUGUCUGAGUUGUGCCCUAAGCAUGAAGAAAAGCUGAAACUCUUUUGUGUCACAGAUCAGCAGUUGGCUUGUAUCAUAUGCCGAGAUGGGGAGAGACAUGAAGGACACAAGUUUAAACCAAUCAAUGAAGCAGCUGCAUCUCUGAGACAGGAGUUGGAGGGGGGGAUUGAGAACCUUUUUGAUGAUAUCCUAGCUAUAGAGAGCUUAGCCAACACACAGAGGGGAGAAAUAAGAAACACUAAAGCAAAGUCUGAGCAGCUGAUGACCCAAAUCAACAGACAGUUUGAGGAGAUGCAUCAGUUUCUGAGAAAGAGAGAAGAUGAGAUAAAAAAUGAGCUGAAACACAAAGAGGAGGAUGAUGUUGAGAAAAUGAGCAAGAGCUUAUAUAUUAUAGAAACAGCUUUGUUUGAGAGCAGAGAGCUGGUGGGAAAGGUGACAUCAGUUCUGAAAAUUGAGGACUCAGAGAGGCUCUUAAAGAGCUGGACUGAAGGGAACAGCAGGGUGACUGCAGAAGAUUUAAUCAAGCCCAAAGCAAAUGAUCUCCAAGUGGUGGAUAGCUCUCUCUCUCUGGGGCCUUAUGAAAGCCACCUGCAGUUCUUUAUGUGGAAGGAGAUGCUUCAGGUGAUCGAGCCCCCAGCAGAGCUGCUCUCACUCAAAAGCAACAGUGCAGAUAUAGCUGUGUCUGAAGAUGGAAGGAGUUUGUUUAGUACACUCAAAAGUAACAGUGCAGAUAUAGCUGUGUCAGAAGAUGGACAGAGUUUGUUUUGUUCUCCCAGAAGCAACCAAGCUCCAUCAGGCCAAACCACCAUCCCUGUUUUUGGUCCCGCCAAAGGGUCAGGCCAAACCAGCACCCCUCUUUUUGGUCCCGCCAAAGGAUCUGGCCAAACCACCAACCAUCUUUUUGGUUCUGCCAAGAAAUCAGGCCAAACCACCAUACCUCUGUUUGGUUCCACCAAAGGAUCAGGCCAAACCAGCACCCCUCUCUUUGGUCCUGCUAAAGGAUCAGGCCAAACCAGCACCCCUCUUUUUGGUUCUGCCAAAGGAUCAGGCCAAACCACCAACCAUCUUUUUGGUUCUGCCAAAGAAUCAGGCCAAACCACAAACCAUCUUUUUGGUUCCCCCAAAGGAUCAGGCCAAACCAGCACCCCUCUUUUUGGUUCUGCCAAAGAAUCAGGCCAAACCAGCACCCAUCUUUUUGGUUUCCCCAAAGGAUCAGGCCAAACCACAAACCAUCUUUUUGGUUUCCCCAAAGGAUCAGGCCAAACCACCAGCCAUCUUUUUGGUUCUGCCAAAGGAUCAGGCCAAACCACAAACCAUCUUUUUGGUUUCCCCAAAGGAUCAGGCCAAACCACCAGCCAUCUUUUUGGUUCUGCCAAAGGAUCAGGCCAAACCACAAACCAUCUUUUUGGUUCCCCCAAAGGAUCAGGCCAAACCACAAACCAUCUUUUUGGUUCUGCCAAAGGAUCAGGCCAAACCACAAACCAUGUUUUUGGUUCCCCCAAAUGAUCAGGCCAAACCACAAACCAUCUUUUUGGUUCUGUCAAAGGAUCAGGCCAAACCACAAACCAUCUUUUUGGUUCUGUCAAAGGAUCAGGCCAAACCAAAGCCUCUGGUAGUGUCUUCACAGGAUUCAGCCAAACCAUGGCCCCUUCUUCUUUUAUAAAUGGAGUCUCCACUCAUAAAAAUCCUGAGUAGUGUGAGGACUAGUCUCUCCGGUCCUCCUUAUUUACAAACCAUGCAUUUAGUGUCAGUGAAUUCACUUCAGGGCAGCAUUAUUGGGAAAUAGAGGUUGGCCUCAGGGACUAUUGGGAACUGGGGAUAAAAGAUAAUUUCCUGAAAUAUGAUGCGCAAAAAUAUUUCACCUGUAGUCCAAAUGAAACCACAGAUUCUGAUUGUGAUUCUGAUUGUGAUUCUGAAGAGCUAGUAUUUACAGACUGACCUCGAAAGAUUGGGAUUUACUUAAAUUGUGCAUCCAAGAAGCUCUCCUUCUAUGAUGCAGACAACAUGAAGCAUAUUCAUACUGUGAGCUCAAGCCUCAUAUUCAUGCCACUGUCAGCAUAUUUUAACAUUGGAGUCACAUCACCUGAUCUUAACCCUCUAACAGUGUGCUGGUACUGAAGUCAAAAUCAGUAUCAUUGAAUACACAGCUGAUACUUGCUAUGGUAGCCAGCUUUUUCAGGAGCAAAAAUUGUCCCUAAAUUAGGAAAUUUCCAAGUUCUAUAUUGCAGGAGAUUAACAGCAUGAAUACAUAAAAAAGACUUUGAAUUAUAACAUCUUUUGCAGUGUAGGCCUGUCAUAUAAUUUUAGAGGUCUGUCUUUCUAUCAUUUCUUGCAUUGCUUAUGUAGGCUACAUUAAAGCCAGGAUAAAUGUUGGCAAUGUACAUUCCUGCACCACAUAUAUGUGACAUUUAUAUGUUAUGUAGCAGAUAUGCUUUACAUUUGUGUGUUUCAACUCUGUGGUUAACGUGGUUAUGCUUCGGCUCAAAAAAUACUUGGUUAUGGUUACAAAAAGAUCAUGUUUUGACUUAAAAUACAGCCAGUUUUGGUGCCACAAUCACGACUGGAAAUCCCACUAUGUCCCACUAAUAAGACCUAGUUUUGUUUGCCACUGAUGCCUUAGUAAAAAGAACUGAUAUUGGUGGUACAAAUACGACUGGAAAUACCACCAAUUUCUGGCAAAAAAACAACAGGUUGUGGUGGCACAAUCAUGUCUGGAACUGUCACAGAUGCCUCACUAAAAAACACCAGCUCUUGGUAAAACAAUCACAACUGGAAAUGCAGCCAAUGUCUCACCAAAAACCAACUUGUGUUGUAGUCACAAUCAUUGUGGGAGCUGCUGCUGAUGUCUUGGUAAAAAAAUAACUGAUUUUGGUGGCACAAUCAUGCCCAGAAAUGUUGCCAAUGUCACACUAAAUAAUAACUGGUUUUGUUAUUUGUUGGUCUUGGUAUGAUAUGUAGGAAAUGCACAAAUGUAAUGUAGCAGUGGUUUGGAGAAACGUAUUAUGCAAACAUUUUCCCCUGGCAACUGGGCUUAUUAUUGAGCUUGUUGAUAUGGUGUGGAGUACCAGCUAAAUGAAUAUGCAUUUUGUUGACCUUGGCUAUAUAAGCUCUGGAAGAUCUCAUCAAUUUUCAAAGAAUAAAAAAAUAAUGUGACAAAUAUGUUUAAUAAAAUUGUAUCUGCUCAA